CGCACUAGGAAACCAAAGGAAAACCCCCUACUUAUUUAGUAUAUCCUCCCGUCUCGUCGUCUCCUCCGCUCCUAGCGCCAAGACGAGUCGCGGCUCAACAGGGGAGGGCCGCCGCCGAUCUCCAUCGAGCAGAGCAGGGGAGAGCAGGGGAUCCUGGUCUAGAUAGGGCGGAACAGUCAUGACAGAAGUCCUGUCGAGACCGCUCGAACACCGUCUAAGCUCUGCAACCUUAGACGGUCACUAUGAAGAGAAGAGGAAAUCCAAUGUUGAAUACUCAGAGGAUGAGAAGAAAGCCAAAAUCAUGUCACUGAAGAAGAAGGCAAUGAGUUCUUCACAAAAAUUAAGGCAUUCAAUGAAGAAGGGGAGGAGGAGUAGCAAGGUCAUGUCCAUCUCAAUUGCCGAUGAACGUGAUCCUGAAGAGGUGCAGGCUGUAGAUGCCUUCCGUCAGCUCCUUAUACUUGAAGAGUUGCUACCAUCUCAGCAUGAUGAUUACCACAUGAUGCUAAGGUUUUUGAAGGCAAGAAAGUUUGAUGUUGAGAAGGCAAAGCAAAUGUGGGCUGACAUGUUGCGGUGGAGAAAGGAAUUUGGUGCAGAUACCAUUCUUGAGGAUUUUGAAUUUGAAGAAGCUGGCAAGGUGGCAGAAUGCUAUCCUCAAGGUUAUCAUGGGGUUGAUAAGGAAGGAAGGCCUGUCUACAUUGAACGACUUGGACAGAUCGAUGUCAAUAGGCUAAUGCAGGUCACCACAAUGGAUCGUUUUAUCAAGAACCAUGUUAGGGAGUUUGAGAAGAACUUUGCUGUUAAGUUCCCAGCUUGCUCAAUUGCUACCAAGUGCCACAUUGAUCAGAGCACAACAAUUCUUGAUGUGCAAGGGGUGGGGAUGAAACAAUUCAGCAAAGCUGCAAGAGACCUUAUUGGUCAGCUUCAAAAGAUUGAUGGUGAUAACUACCCUGAGACACUGUGUCGAAUGUUCAUCAUUAAUGCUGGGCCGGGAUUCCGACUUCUUUGGAGCACAGUGAAGAGUUUCCUUGACCCAAAGACCACAGCAAAGAUUCAUGUGUUGGGCAACAAGUACCAGAGCAAGCUUCUUGAGGUGAUUGAUGCUAGUGAGCUGCCGGAGUUUUUUGGUGGAACUUGCCAAUGUGAAGGUGGUUGUAUGAAGGCUGACAAGGGCCCCUGGAAGGAUGAUGAAGUCAUGAAGAUGGUUCAAAGCGGGGUUGGGUGGUGUGGAAAUCUCAAUUUGAAUCAUCUAGAGGCUGAGGAGAAAAUGAUGAUUUGUGAAGAUGACACCAUGUACACCAAGAAGCAGGAGUCUUUCAAAGAUGAAGGGCGCACUUUGUCAAGAAAAAUAUCUCGUGCCCGAAUUGAACAUCCUACACUGUCGCCUGUUUGUGAGGAACUUCCUCCUAUGAUGCUUCCUACCCCAGGAUCACCUUAUUCUUGUGAUGUUCCAAUGGUAGAGAAGGCCAUAGAUGCCAUUUGCCAGAGUAAGGGAUCACGAGAUGAGAAUGUCGCAAUAACCAAAGCCAUUGUAAAUGCCUCUAACGGAUCCAACCCUCCACUCUUUGGGGGUGUCAUGGCUCUUGUCAUGAGCAUUGCAACAAUGCUCCGUGUUAGCCGCAACAUGCCAAAGAAGGUACUUGGUGCUACCCUUGGGGCACAAAGUACAUCCAAAAUCCAAGCACAACAGCUAUCCAAGAUAUCAAUGGAGGCUGUGUCAGCAGCUGAAUAUGCUUCUUCUACAAAGCGCCUAUCUGAUAUCGAGGAGAAGGUCAUUGCGAUUCUCACCAAGCCUGCAGAAAUGCCAGCUGAUAAGGAGGAGAUGCUAAAGACUGCCGUCAGCCGUGUUAGUGCAUUGGAGGAGGAGCUUGCCGCGACCAAGAAGGCCUUGCAGGAGACUCUUGAGCGACAAGAGGAGAUCAUGGCAUACAUUGAGAAGAAAAAGAAGAAGAAAAGCAAGCGUUUGUUUCGUUGGUAAUAUGCAAAGAACAAAUGCCAUGGGUUUGAUGAAGAGGUGAUGUUUUCAUCGUUGGCAAAGGACGAUUCCAAGUGUAACACAUAAUGUUCAUUUAUUCUUUCUCCUAUGUUGCUACAAUUGAUUGAUCUGAGCUUCUUGGCCUUAAUAUAAAUUUUUGCACAGUGUGGGUGCGGUGAUGCCAAUUUGCUUUUUGAUGUUGUCAUAUUAUGGAUGAACCUUAUGAGUGUUAAGAAACUUUAUAGAUUUAAAACUCUUCAAUAUAUUCUAAUUGAUACA